UAAAAGCUUUGCACUCAUCUUGCUAAACAACGAAUCCGAAGGAUCAAUAGAAUAUGGAGAAAAUCAAGCCUUCGAUUACAAUGUUAACAACGAACUAGACCAGACGCAAAGCUGCCUUGAAUCAGGUUUCUGUGACGUCACUAAACCAGGCGCAUCUGUAGCUGAGCAUACUUGCAGGAGUGACGUUUUGCAUGCUUGUUCUUGCAAUGCUGAUUUCUCGAGAGUAGCUCACAGGAAACAUGCACUUUUCUACUUAGUAGAAAAUGAAGAGCAUAAUACCUGUAAUGAAGAAUUAUAUGACGUCACUAGUCCUUUUCCUACUGAGUUACAUGACAGGGAGAGUACGUCUUGUAACGAUGAGACACCGUGCGACAGACAGAUCGCCAUAAGCCAGACGAGGGACUUGCCGAAGAUCAAUGCUGUGUCGAGUCAAAGUUACACACAAAUUGAUGACAUGGCUCGAGAUGAGGCACAUCUCGACAUUACAAGGUCAGCCCUUCCAGAAGUCCGAGAUACAGGACAGAUGGGAGAUACCUCCAGUGGAGAAUCAUCACCUAACCAUCAGCCUCUGGGUUUAGACCACAUAGACAUCGCCAGUAAGGAAGCAGAUGUCUUGAGCAGUGAGAGUGGAGCAAUCAGACCACUAAUUCCUCCUGACGGAGACUAUGGCUGGGUCGUGGUGUUCAGCGGAUUUAUAGUCGCUCUUUUGUCCUCCGGCCUCAUGAGAUCUACCGGCGUAAUAUACGUAGCUACCUUGGAGACCUUCCCCGACUCAACUUCGAGGAUAGUUGGUUGGGUUCCAGGUGUACUAGCCAUACUGACUUUUGGGAUGUCCCCAUUAAGCAGUGUCCUUUCUCAGCGCAAGGGUUGUCGGUUCGUAACGAUUGUUGGCGCCUUUACGAGCUCAUUCGGAUUAUUCUUGAGUUACUUUGCUCCGAAUGUUACGUACUUAAUUUUCACGGCCGGUGUUCUGCUAGGAAUAGGAUCAGCUUUGUCAAUGACAGCAAGUAUUAUCAUCGUGGGCCAUUACUUUGUGAAGCGUAGAGCUUUAGCCCAGUCCAUUUCGUUGAGUGGCGCUAGUGUCGGUGUCUUCCUCCUUCCUCCUUUGAUCAAAGUGUGUCUGGAAGAAUUCAAAUUGAGAGGAACAUACUUGAUAUUAAGUGGUAUCGUGCUUCACAAUUGCAUCAGCGGAAUUCUCUUCAGGCCUGUAGAAUGGUAUUCGAAACCUGUUGCAGGCAAGAAUGAUGACGUCAAACCCUUGAAAAACAAACCAAAAUACUCAACCACAAACACUCCAGAAGAGGAAUCUUGUCCAACCUCAAACAAAGUCAUUGGAGGAGUAUACCAAUCUUUCAUUAAGAUUUUUGAUCUACAACUUUUAAAGAACCCAGUGUUCCUCUGCAUAUGCCUGGCUUACACCUUCACAAGUAUGGCAGUCCCCCAUGCUUUCUUUUACAUCCCCCCCCACGCAGACGCAGUUGGGAUAUCCAAAACUGACGUGAACACCUUAUUAUUGCUCACAGCGUUUGGAGACUUGGCUGGUCGGAUCUUCUUCGGCUGGAUAGCAGACAAGAAUCUUCUCCCGAGACGUUAUUGGUACACUUUAAAUAUUACUAUAGGGGGCGCUGCUGUCUUGACCGUCACCUUAGCUCACGACUUCGUCACGCAUGCAGCCUGUGGAGUGGUGUAUGGAAUAGGUUCAGGAGCUUGGUAUUGCCUCACACCAGUCCUCCUAGCGGAUUAUCAUGGAAAUGAAAAACUAGGCCCUACUAUCUCCUUGGCUCGACUCUUCCAAGGAUUCAGUAAUUUGUUAGUGCCUCUUGUAGCAGGUAAUCUCUACCAUUAUACCGGGGAAUAUUUGGCUGUUUUUGCCUUCUUCGGAUCGACCAUGCUCUUCGGUGCAUUGAUCACGUUACUGUUACCUCUGGCGGUGAAAUACGAUGAAAGGAGUGUCAUCUUGAAAGGAAAAGAAAAUAACUCAGUUUAAUCCAAAUUUCUUAAUGUAUAAAUAUAGCUUGAUGUCUAAAGCCGGUUGUUUAUCUUUAACAUAUAUAGAUCUAAAUAGUUAACCGAAAUUUUAAGGUGAAUUAUAAUAGAUCAGUCAGUAAUGCUAGAAACUUUGCUUUAUGAUUAUUAAGCGCCUGAAUAUCUUUUAGUGCUUAUUUUUGUAAAAGAUAAGUAAUAAAACAGUUACUGAGUGUUUCUUGAAAAAUAACACGAUUUAUAAUAUAACGUUUUACUUAAAUAUAUAUAAAUAAAGCUCUGAUCUCCGAGGCAUUUAAAAGUGAUGAUAAUUUUACAAAACUUCCAACUACAAUUUUCAAGGAAUGCAAAAGUUUAUUUUUUCAAUUUCUUGUCCUCAAAAUCUUAUAUAAGAUUUUAUUGUUUUAUAUUUAUCGGCAAAUUUAACUGAAAUGUAAAUGAGAAAGUGACAAAAUGCCAAAAGUUUAUUUUUUCAAUUUCUUGUCCUCAAAAUCUUAUAUAAGAUUUUAUUGUUUUAUAUUUAUCGGCAAAUUUAACUGAAAUGUAAAUGAGAAAGUGACAAAAUGCCAAAAGUUUAUUUUUUUUAAUUCAGCUGCUUCCCCCUUCUCUUAUUGUGUAGUUUUUUUAAGAUUACAUUUAAGAUUUUCUUGUUUUAUAUUGCUAGGCAGUUUUUAACUUAAUUGAAACUACAAACAAAAAAGUAACUGCUGAUAUACAAUUUCCAAAAGGAUAACUGUGAACAAAGUAAACAAUCUUAUUCUCAUACUGAACCCCUACAUUCUGGGGGAAAUUAAAAUAACUAUAAAAAGUUUCAUGAAGUUAUUUAAAAAAAAAUCACAUUAUAUCUUAAGAAAGAGGAAAACUACUGAGACUGUAAAAAGUUAUUUUGAAGAUUUAUAAAUAAAAAGUAUAUGUUUAUGAUUUUUUUCCCUGUUGAUUAUAGUGAUGUUUGAAUUACAUGUUGCUAAGGUUGUUGAGAUCAUGUCUGAAUUACAUGUUACUACGAUGGUUGAGAUUAUGUUUCAAUUAUAUGUUGCUAAAGUGGUUGAUUUCAUCAAACUACUUUAAACUGUCCAUUCGAAUUGUUCUCUAAAAGGAUUUAGCUAGGAAAAAACUUCAUGUUGGGACCAAUAUUUCCAAACUGGGUUCGUUUUAUGACCUGAAUGUUUAUUGCUGAUUCAAACCUGUUCCUAGUGACGCCAGGAGAUCAGAAAUUAGUCACGAUUAUAGUUGAAUGACAAAACAAAACUCCUAAAAGGUAAUUUUAUAAUAAAUAUAUUCAACUAUUCAAAUAAUCAAAUAAUGAUGACAUUAAUCUUAGUUUUCGUAUGAAAUGAGAUAUAACAAAGUCAUCAGUCUACAUACAGCUAGUUGUACAUAAUCUGAUAAAGGUUAUAGGAUUGUGUAUAGAUAUUUUGUUUGGAGCUGUAUAUUUUUACAUGGAAAACUACUUUGGAGAACUUUUAGAUCAAAUGAUAAUAAGAUGGAGAUAUUAAAACUUAACUUAAUCAGUAUUUUUAAAUUAUCUUUGAAGUAACUUGGUAAUGAAAUAUUAGGAAAUAAAUUAACAAAUGCAUUUGUAUCUUGAAUAAUAUUCAUCAGUUAUAUUUUAGAAGACUUAUGAACAUAUUUUUUAGAUACUAAUUUUUUUCUAAAAAUAUGAUUUAAAUAAGUGUGUGCACCCAGUUUUACUGAAAACAUUAUAAGAAUGAUUGAACUGGUUUAUUGUACUUAACUGAACUAUUGAUUAUCUGUUAGGGUUGUAUAAAUGAUUGUGAAGUGAUUAUUUUCUGAACUAGUUAAAUGAUGAAAAAUGAACGUUGAAAUAGCCCUUUGUUGCCUGUGUUAUCUUGAGCUAGAAUGCUAUUUCACAAGAAAUAAAAGUUAACUUGUGUGUUGUUAAA